AUGUUUGCUAAAUUCAAGCGAAACGAUUUUGGACCGUUGAAGCAAAUGAAAGCUACGCUCGCAAAACACGCCAAGGCUAAAAUCAAAGAACUUUAUCCGGGCCUUCCUAUUGACACUAUAUUUCCAAAAGACGUUCCCAUUAAUUGCGCGAACUCAAAAUUGGACCACUCAACGGCUAUGUUAGUUAAUGACAAAGUCUACUUUUUCCAACACAAAUCAGACGUGUUCGUUCCGACAUUAUAUCUCGCCAUGUCAUACCCCGAGAUGAUGACAAAAGUCCAGGUAGAUACUGGAGCAAUCAAACACCUUCUUGCUGGGAGUGAUGUGAUGGCUCCGGGGCUUCUUUCCAAAGGCGCGAAACUCGAUGAUGGCAUUAAAGAAGGGGAGUUUGUGUUGAUCAUGGCCGAAGGGAAACAGAACCCAAUAGCAAUUGGACAGAUGAAACUGUCCUCAGAUGAUAUCAAAAAGGUCAAAACAGGCGUUGCCAUUGCAAUGUACCAAUUUGCAGGCGAUGGAAUGUGGAUGGACUGCAUCGAACACUACGAGGAGUGA